UUUGGCGCGUGAUUUACACUCUAUGUCGAUUUUCUCUUCCCGCUCCAUUUGCUCUAUCUGCUUCUUCAAAUUCCGGUUUCUUAAACCCUAAACUUCGUCCAUGGAGAUUACGGACGACCAGAGGAAACGAGCCGAAGCGAACCGCCUGGCAGCCUUAGCAAAGCGCAAGGCACUUAUCGAAUCCUCCAAUGGACAACAACAACAGAACCGCCCCUCUACGCUCGCCAAGUGCCCCAAGCUUUCCCAUCAACCGCACGAACUCGUCCGUACAGACCCGAUUUCCAAUACCCAUUUACCUGAAAAGUUCAGGGUCAGGCUUGAAGUAUGCUCCCCCGACUCAUUCUCGAUUACCCCACUCAAGCUUGGGGGUUUUGAUUAUCCGGGAGAAGAGGAAUGCUUGCGGAGACUAGCCGAUUGCUUGUCCAUGGUUAUUUCGUCUCACUAUACUCAAAAUCAUGGUGGUGGAAAGGCUUGCGUAUAUAAGGUGAGGGAUUAUGGUGCAGUGUUGAAGUGUUUAAAGAGCAGCAAGAAUGUUGAAGUUGAGGAGAUACCUUGGGCAACUUUUAAUGUUGUUGAGAGACUUUCACACUCAUUGGAGAGAUGGAUGCCAUGCCGGCCGGAACACUUUUCUGAUGAAAAGGUUAACGAGUUGAUUGGAAAGCUACCGAAGACUCUGUUGGAAGCACUCUUGCCUUUUCAACUUGAUGGUAUUAAAUUUGGGUUGCAGAGGGGAGGCCGGUGUCUUAUUGCUGAUGAAAUGGGACUUGGGAAAACACUGCAGGCUAUUGCAAUUGCUUGCUGUCUUAUGGAUGAAGGUUCUGUUCUCGUUGUUUGCCCAGCUAUUUUGCGUUUUUCAUGGGCCGAAGAAUUGGAGCAUUGGGUUCCAUUUCUUUUGCCUUCUGAUAUCCAUCUAGUUUUUGGUCAUCAAAAUAAUCCUGUCCUUUUGAAGAGGUUUCCCAAAGUAGUUGUUAUUUCUUAUACUAUGCUUUACCGCUUGAGGAAAAGCAUGCUUGAGCGAGAAUGGGCUCUUUUAGUAGUUGAUGAAUCUCACCAUGUACGAUGUACAAAGAAAGCAGAACCAGGAGAGACGAAAGCUGUACUUGACAUGGCAACCAAGGUGAAGCAUGUAGUUCUACUAUCAGGGACGCCGUCUUUGUCAAGGCCAUUCGACAUUUUUCAUCAGAUAAAUAUGCUAUGGCCUGGUAUGUUGGGAAAAAACAAGUUUGAAUUUGGAAAAACAUACUGUGAUGCCAAAUUUAUCCAUGGCUUGGAUGGAAAAAUUUUCCAGGAUUUCUCAAAGGGCACUCGAUUGGAGGAGUUGAAUGUGCUACUAAAGCAGACUGUUAUGAUUAGACGUUUGAAGGAGCAUGUCAUGCUUCAGUUACCACCCAAACGCAGGCAAAUUAUAAGAGUUCUUUUGAAGAGAUCCGACAUAGUUGCAGCAAAGGCUGCUGUUGGGCAGAAGACAGUUGAUGAAAGAAGUGCUCCUCAAGAUGUAUCAUUAAAAGAUAUAGAUGAUUCUGAUGAAGGUGGGGAUUCUCAUAGUUCAGGGCAGCUUUCUCACCAAGAACUUGGUAUUGCAAAGCUGUCUAGGUUUAGUGAAUGGCUUUCCAUUCAUCCACUCGUUGUGGAGUCAGAUGGUGCAACAAACUUGGACUUAGACUUGAACUCUAGUUCUCAUAAAAUGAUCAUUUUUGCACAUCAUCAUAAAGUUCUAAAUGGAGUGCAGGAAUUCAUUUGUGAAAAACGUAUUGGUUUUGUCCGCAUUGAUGGAACCACACUUGCUAGAGAUAGGCAGUCAGCUGUGCUGUCUUUCCGGUCAUCAACUGAGGUUAAAAUUGCAAUAAUUGGUAUUACUGCUGGCGGUGUUGGACUGGAUUUUUCAUCAGCACAACAUUUAGUCUUCUUGGAACUUCCUCAGUCCCCAUCAUUGAUGCUUCAGGCUGAGGAUAGAGCUCACAGGAGAGGGCAAAAAAAUGCAGUCAACAUCUACAUUUUUUGUGCAAAGGUGAUUGUUUAUUUCAAUAUGGGUGAUGUGCAGGCAUAUUUUUCUUUAACAAGCUAUGUGAUGGGUAUUUCCACUUUGCAGGAUACACUAGAUGAAUCACAUUGGAAAUAUUUGAACCAGAGUUUGCGCCGUGUUUCAUCUACAACUGAUGGAAAAUAUGAUUCAAUACAAGAGAUAGAGGUUGAAGGUGUUUCUUUUUUGGAGACAUGUACAAUGGAUAUCCCCAAAGAUACAGAUCAGCUCUCCGCUUGUACAUUGGAACUUCGAGACACUGCUUUGGCAAAGGAUACAGAACCUUCUGAAGAAUAUAAUGAAUUUGUGAAUAAAACAAGUUCUGAAGACAAGAGUGAUGUAGAGUUCACUUCAGUCAAAGCCAACACUUCCCUUGUUGAGGCCAUUGUGACUUCUGGUGUUAAUAUUGACAAGCAUCGCUUAAUUUUAGAGGGAAAGUUGGAAGAGAAAUACCUGGAAAGUAAAAUUGGAAAAGCUGAUGGAUACUCUUCUAAGUUGGAUGAGGGAAAUAUUUCUCCUUUGGUGGCAGAAGGAAAUGAGUCAGUAGAAGCUGAUGAAUGUUGUUCUAAUAUAGUAAAUUCAUUGCGAUUUGAGGUUAGCCAAUACACUGGUAGGAUCCACUUGUAUUCUUGCCUUUCUGGAACAGAUUCAAGACCAAGACCACUGUUUGAGAAUUUUCGGCCUGAGGAACUCGAGCCAUUAGAUUCUUCUGUUGCUAACAAUGAUAAUAGAAGAACUUCUAUAAUGGACAACCCAGUUUGUAGGAAUGCUGUUUUGGAAUUCAGCAAGGAGUGGAACAAUCUGAGGCCUGUGGAGCGAAAAAAGUUGAUUGGAAAACCAUUACAACUUCCUUUGACAGUAGAACUCUGCUUUUUGAAUGAAAGCAUUAACCACAACACUGGGGGGCUGAUAAAAGUUGGAAGCAAGCGCCGCCAUACACCUAUGUGUGAGAUUAGCCAAGCUCUUCCGCCAAAUGCUGUAUGGAAAAAAGUUUAUCUACGAUCUGGCAAUGGAAAAAAGGAGAAGGAAUACACUCAAGGUUGGAUGGUGAAUGAGCCACUCUGUAAAUUAUGUCAAGCACCAUGCAAGAGUUGCAAUGCUAAGGAACCUGAAUUUUUUGAGGAUCUUUUCUGUGAUCUCGAAUGCUAUGAAGAAUAUAGAAUAAGAACGAGUAACAGGUCCCUUCGUCAGGAGCUUUUUCAACUAGAGAAUGGUAUUUGUACGAACUGUCAUUUGGACUGUCAUAAACUUGUGGUGUACAUAAGACCUCUAUCAUUGGCAAAGCGAAGAGAGUAUAUUGAGAAAGUUGCGCCUAAAAUAGCAAGUCGAGAGAAGUUACUCGAAAAGCUUAUUAAGGAUCCAACAGAGGGUAAUGCAUGGCAUGCAGACCACAUUGUUCCUGUGUACCGAGGUGGAGGUGAAUGCAAGCUAGAGAACAUGAGAACACUUUGCAUAGCCUGUCAUUCUGAUGUGACCAAGGCACAAUGUGCUGAACGACGCUCGACAAGGGCAAGGGCUAAGAAGCAGCUCAAAGCUAUUAUGAAUGGUCUUAAAGAUGUUCAGAACAAUGAACAAACAGAAGCAAAUGAUCAAGGGAUUUCGAAGAUACUCAAGAAUGUUUUUGAGGAUGAGCUUUUAGUUAAGGUUCCUGGGAGUGCCUACUCUUCAGGAAAUAAUAUGGAUGCUGGAAGUGAAGGGCCAUCCACCAACAAAGAAAUUUAUGCAUCUACAAACAGUAUAUACUAAACUCAGCACAUUGUAAAAGGAGAAAAGAAAAAGGAACUACAGGGUCCUUAGUAAAAUAUAAAAUAUCCCAAAGCAUCCAUAUGUUUUUUGUAAUGACAAUCCCUGGUUCAAUUGUAUAGAUUAAUUGUUACUCAUGGUACGAUCCCUCUAUCACCCCAUAAUGCAAGGGGUGAUCUCGUAGUUCUUGGUCGGUCUAAUUUAAAGUAAAAUUCUGUGUGGAAAA